AUGGCUAAGGACUACGCUUCUUCCUCUGUUCUGAAAUCUCUGCUUCUGCUUUUUCAACUUGUAUUGUUGAUUCAUGAUGCUGAUUCUUCCUCUAUCGUCAAGUUUCUUCCUGGUUUUGAAGGCCCUCUUCCCUUUGAGCUUGAAACAGGUUACAUUGGUGUUGGUGAGGAGGAGGAAGUUCAAUUGUUCUACUACUUCAUCAAGUCUGAGAGGAACCCUGAAGAAGACCCUCUUCUUCUCUGGCUAAGUGGAGGACCUGGCUGCUCUUCCAUCCAUGGUCUUCUUUUUGAGAAUGGGCCACUGACUAUGAAGUUUGAGGUGUACAAUGGAACCCUACCUUCUUUAGUCUCUACUACAUACUCAUGGACUAAGACUACGAGCAUUAUAUACUUGGAUCAGCCUGUUGGAACUGGCUUCUCCUUCGCAACUCAACUUGUUGAUACACCUAGUGAUUCAGGAGAGGCCAGACGGAUCCAUGAGUUUCUUCAAAAGUGGCUAGCUAAGCAUGAAGAGUUUAUUCCCAACUCUUUCUAUGUCGGCGGGGAUUCUUAUUCCGGUAUGGUUGUUCCUGCUGUCGUUCAAGUAAUCUCUAAAGGCAAGAAUCAAUGCUGCAAGCCUCCAAUAAAUCUUCAGGGUUAUGUACUCGGUAACCCGGUAACAGACUUCGAAAUUGAUUGGAACAACCGCAUUCCAUUUGCUCGUGAAAUGGCACUGAUAUCUGAUGAGCUCUACGAGUCGCUGAAGAGAAUCUGCAAAGGAAAAUAUGCAUAUGUUGAUCCAGAAAACACAGAAUGCUUGAAACUCAUUGAAGAAUUUAACAAGUGUACAGAGACUGUAAACCUGUUUCUUAUAUCAGAACCAUUGUGCGAAACUGAAACUCCAGAUUGCUAUAUCUAUAGGUAUUUGCUAUCUAGCUACUGGGCCAAUGACGAAAGCGUACGCAAAGCUCUUCAAAUCUAUAAGGGGAGUAUAGGGAAAUGGGUACGAUGUAAAUUCGAUAUUCCUUACACUAAAGACAUUAUAAGUAGUGUUCCUUACCAUAUGGCUAACAGCAUCAGUGGCUAUCGUUCUCUCAUCUUCAGUGGUGAUCACGAUCUAGGAAUACCUUACCUUGGAACUCAAGCUUGGAUAAGAUCUCUCAACUAUUCUGUAAUCGAUGACUGGAGGCCAUGGAUGAUCAACAAUAAACACGCUGGAUAUACAAAAACUUACGAAAAUCAAAUGACAUUUGCUACUAUCAAAGGAGGUGGGCACACAGCAGAGUAUAAACCAGAGGAAAGCUUUAUCAUGUUUCAAAGGUGGAUCAAUGGUCAACCUCUGUAAACAAGCCCUGUAUAAGCACAUGAUUUGGUUUCUACCUGUAACCAUUGAAGUUCUGUUUGUGUGAUAACGACGUGCCACUAAACAUAUUGAGAUUAUAAUAUUAUAAGAUGAAAUUUGCUUUAUGUUUGAAAAUCAAAUUGUUAUUAUGCUCACGACAAGCGCAAGGGCAAUUAACAAAUAAUUAUGUAUUAUGUUGACACUAUUAAAUUAUAUACCAUUUGAAGAUCGGUGAUGAAUCAAAGCUUUGAGA